AUGGUUAUGGUCAACGGCGAUCAUGUUCAAUGGAAUUCUGUACAAGGCAUUAUUGAUGGAACGGUUGUAAAGAAAUUAACAUCUCCCAUGGAGAUAAAAAGUCAUCAUGUGUCUGCGUCAACGGAGCAUCCAGAAUAUUUAGUUAAAAGUGACAAAACAGGUGCUCAGGCUGCUCAUAAACCUGAAGCAUUAACAAAAAUUGAUACGGAUGAAUAA